AUGGUGCCUCCAAAGAAAGAUGCUUUUGCUGAUUUAUUUCAAUCAGCAACGGCAACGUCGUCAAGUUCGUCAUUAAAUAAUAAGAAUCUUUCACUAGCGGAGCAACAGAAACAACAAAAGCCGGCUAACAACCUUAGCAAUUGGUCGAACCUUGAUAUAUUGUCACCGUCACCUCGCCCCAAUUCAAACUCGAACUCAAACUCAGUUGGUUCUUUGAGUAGAACUGAUUCUCCUGCUAUGCCACUGGCCAGCGGAUCAAAUAAUGAUCCUUUUGACAUUUUCCAGUCCCCAGCACCUGCAAAACCGGUCUCGCGGGAAAACUCAUCAAUUGAACAAGUCAAACCAACACCAGUUCAACCGGCACCUCAGAAAAUCAAUAGUAAUUCAUUACUAGAUGAUGAUUUUGAGGACGCUUUCACUUCUGAGCAGGGUGCUGACGAUACUUUGCAGCAGUACUCCCAAUUGGAAUCAGACGAUUUCGAGUCAAAUGAUUUCGAGUCAAAUGAACCAGCUGAAACUGAUCCUGAUCGAGCAACUUCAACUGAUAAGAAAGAUACAGUUUUGGCAGAACUUGUAGACAUUGGUUUCUCUAUAGAGGUCUCCAAUGGUGCAAUUGCCAAAAUGGGGCCUGAUCUUCAAGCAUGUGUCAAUUAUAUCAUGAGUGGUGGAGAUUCUAAUGAUCGAAAACCUCGUAGAUCUCACACUCAAGAGUCAAAUAGUAAAUCCCUGCAAGGUGAUUUCGCUUCCAAUAUAAAUGACUUAUCGAGCGAUUUUUUCAAUAAGGCUUCUAUCUUUUUCAAUAAAUCAAAGGCUACUGUCAUGAAGAAUAUUGAACAAAUUCAACAAGAUUUUGGAGGUGAGCAUUCAGAUAAUAAAGGCAAUAACAAUAUGCCCGCUUGGAUGAAAAAUCAACAUAGGUACAAGAAAGAUGCCAUAGAAAGAAGACAACCUGGUGGCAAUUACGAAGAUUAUGGAUCUGACGAGGAGAAUAUUAACCAGGAAGAAAUAAAUAGAUUUAUGGAACUACAAAGACAGAAAGAAAAGGAAAGACUGAAACAGAGAAUUGACCAUUUCAAAGAAGUCGCUAAGAAUAAAAUUAAUGGUUCUGGACUGGGUAGAUCAUCACCCGUGAAAAGACCUUCUAAUGAACAACCACCAACUUCAAAUUCAUCACCACAGUUGCGUCCCGAACGUACUGCUCAACCUCCGCCGAAACCUCAAAGACAGGAACCAUCUUCCUCUCGUGCCUCUGCUUCUCCUAAACCUUCCGCAAAACCUGCCCCGCAGGCAGAUCUCUUGGGUAUUGGUGGAGCACCAGUAUUAUCGAGAGCUGAAAAGUUCAAAUCUUCAACACCGGAUGAUGAAGUUUAUGUUUCCUCACGCAGAAGACGUAAUAACAAUAAUUCCACGCCACUCUUAUCUCAACCAAAACAAAGAAAAACCACUUCUGAUCCAUUAAAUCAAUUCCAACAAUCUGACUAUGAUAUUUCUAAAGAAAAGGCUUCAGAUUUUUUUUCAAAUGGUAAUUAUGAUGGUGCUCACAAUUUAUAUAUUAAGUGUCUUGAAUCUCUACCUAGUAAUCAUGAAUUGAGAAUCAUUAUAAAUUCCAACCUUGCAUUGACUUCAAAUAAAUUAGGUAAUUAUAAAGAAUCAAAACAAUUUUGCAUCGAUGGGCUUGAUCUAGUUGGUGAUGAAGAAAUCGCAAAGGACGAGACUUGGAUUUUAAAUGGCAAACCAAUUAAAGUAUGGUAUGUGAAACUCCUCACAAGAAAAGCAGAAAGUUUGGAAAUGUUGGAGUUGUUUCCAGAAUCAUUAUCUUGUUAUUCUGAUUUGGUUAGUAAGUUUGGGGUAACUGAUAAAAAAAUCAUGGAUGCCAGAAGAAGAAUCAGGAACAUCGUUGAUCCACCCAAACCUGCACCUGCAAAGAAGCCAGCAUCUUCACAACCUGUUAGUAAUACAAAAAAUACUAAUUAUGAAGCGGUGGAACGUAUCAGAAAACAAAAUGCAGAUGAGAAGAAUCAGGAAGAUGUUAAAUUCCGUCUACAUGAUCAAAUUCAAGAAAGACUUUUCGAUUGGAGUAAAGGUAAAGAAGAUAAUUUAAGAAGUUUAUUAAUGUCAUUGCCUAAUAUUUUACCGGAAAGAUUAGGCUUCCCAUUCAUUACUACGAAAAAACUAACAAUCAAUGACUUGAUGUUACCUAAAAAAGUUAAAAUCAAUUAUAUGAAAGUUAUUAGUUCGAUUCAUCCUGAUAAAUUGGGUAAAUUUGAAACAGAAGAUCAAAUGAUUUGUCAAGGUGUUUUUAUCAUUUUGAAUAAAUCUUGGGAUAUUUUUAAAGAACAAAACGGAAUAAAUUGA